UCGUCGCCGGAAUUCGACGACUAACAUUAGACUUCAUCGUCUUUGGAGCUUACGACGACGAUGACGACGACAACGCCGAUCAUCAGAUCCAGUCCUAUUCUAGCUUUCAUCUUCUUGCAGAUCUGCUUCAUCUUCUUUACUUCAACUCUCCCUUGCUCUUCUGGGUCUGAGGAUAGUUACACCAUUACUGGUAGAGUCAAGAUUCCACCAAGCAAUGUGAUUGGUCACAUAGCAAAGUUCUCAAAUGUCAAAGUUAUACUCAAUGGUGGACAGAAGAUUACGUUUCUCAGGCCUGAUGGAUACUUUACUUUUCACCAAGUGCCUGCUGGAACUCAUUUGAUUGAAGUAUCUGCAAUGGGCUACUUCUUUUCUCCGGUACGAAUAGAUGUUAGUGCUCGGCAUCGUGGCAAGGUUCAAGCAACACUAACAGAAACCAGGAGGAGUCUUACUGAGCUGGUUUUGGAGCCAUUGAGGGAAGAGCAAUACUAUGAGAUUCGAGAGCCUUUCAACAUUUUGUCGAUCGUGAAAAGUCCGAUGGGUCUCAUGGUGGGAUUCAUGGUUGUUGUUGUGUUCCUAAUGCCCAAAUUAAUGGAAAACAUAGAUCCAGAGGAGAUGAAGCAAGCACAAGAGGAAAUGAGGAGACAAGGCGUGCCUUCGCUCACGAGCUUGUUACCAGGCGCUGGGGCUAGCCGCUAAGAGUUCUUCGGUUAACUCAAUGUAUCACAAAAGGAACGGAGAGAAAUUUCUUAGUGACCUGAGUGAGUUUGGUUGUUCAUCUGCAAGUGAUGAUUUAUUAAAGCUCUUCUUGUAUCUGAUAUGUAAAAUCAACUUGUGUCUAAAAC